UACGUUACGUUUCCACAGAGUAUUUUUUACAUCCACAAAUCAAAUGUUGAUUGUAGAUUGUUUAGAAAUUUGAAAUAGGCAAUCAAAUUUUUCUAAUAUUUAACUCUAUUUAUCCAAAUACUACGAAAUUAAUAAUAAAGAGAGUUGUAGAUAUGCGAGAGUAUCUUGCACUGGUUCUGUGAAAUAACAGUUCUUAGCCGGUGCGCACGUCGGAUAAAAUGGAUGAAGACGAUGAAUACGUUGAAAACUCUUGGACUUACAUAUCUUUAUGCGGAGAACCAACGCUGUAUGAAGGACUGCGGUUUGCUAAGGACUUGAUCUUGGCUAAUCUAUGCUUUCGCAUGAUAAUACAGUAUGUAUCCAUGCCUCACAAUGUCAGGCACAGUUUAUCUCUAAUUAUCGGUAGUUUUCUUCUUUAUUAUAAUAUCGGGUCCAGUUUUGUUUGGACUGUAGGACUUGCUGUUGGUGCAUAUGUAUCCAUUAUUGCUGUAUCAGUUGUAACAAAAAAAAUUAGAGGAUUUUUGAUUUCACUAUGUGUAAUUCUGUUUUUAUUAUUGUGUGAGAUAUAUGUAACAAAUCCAAAAAUGUGGCAGCAAAUAAGAGGUGUUCAAAUGAUAGUAGCAAUGAAAAUUAUUUCUGUGGCCAUUGAAUUAGAUAGAGGUUUAUUUAAGCAAAUGUUAAAUCCUGUUGAAUUUGGAGGGUAUGUACUUUGUCCAGCAAAUUGUAUCUUAGGACCAUGGAUAUCAUUCCAAACCUAUAAUCAAUAUCUGGAAGUUAAAUUUCUUACUAGUCGUUGGAUUAAAAUAAUAUUUGUAAAUCUUGUGAUGUCUAUGGUAUUUUUAAUUCUAUCUAAUUGUAUUGUGCCUUGGUACAUAGAUGAAAGUGGAACAAAAUGGUUAGUCGCUUAUCGUGAUGCUCAGGCAUUCAGAAUGUCACAUUAUUUUGUCUCGAGUAUGUCAGUUGUAUCUAUGACAAGUGCUGGUUUUGGAUUAACAAAUGAUUGCCAUUCGGAGCUGCAUGUAACAAGACCAAUGUUGAUUGAGUUGCCACGAUCUCUUGUUCAGGUUGUUAUUUUUUGGAAUAUCCCAAUGCAUCAAUGGUUAAAGAAUUAUGUAUUCAAGACUUGCCAACCAUAUGGUCAAUUUAUUUCAAUACUUACAACCUAUGCAGUGUCAUCUUUGCUACACGGCUUUAACUUUCAAUUUUCAGCCGUCCUGCUCAGUAUAGGUACAUUUUCCUAUGUGGAAUAUAAUUUUCGGUACAAAGUGGCAUCUGCAUUGGAAGUGUGCUGUUUAGCCAAUCCUUGUGUGAAGCAGUGUGAACACAAGUACAAGAAGAACAGUUUACUGGCAGUUAUAGUUAACACUGUGUUUUCUCUAAUAACUGCUAUUCAUUUAGCUUAUUUAGGUGUGAUGUUUGAGGCAUCCUUUUCAGUGCAAGAAUCUGGUUAUUCUUAUUACCAUACUAUUAAUAAGUGGGAAAAUCUCAACUACUUCAGCCAUGCUCUUGCAGCCUUUAUGUAUGUGAUAUAUUUGAUGAUGUGAUUAUCUUUAUUAUCUAUUUGUAAUUAAGUAUGAACAUGAUUGUGAAUCUCCAAACCUGAUGUGAGUAAUGAUCUCAUUGUCCCAGUAUAGAUAAUAAUUUUUUCUAGGUAGGUAUGCUUGUUGAAUUACUAAGUAUAGUUAUACAUAGCUAUGAUAAAGUUGAUAUUCAAAUUUGAAUUAUAGGGAAGUAAUAAGGGAAAUGUAAAAAUUAAAAACAAAAUGUAGUUCAAUUUAGUAAUUAUUUAAUGCAUACUCUGACUGAAUUAUCAAUUAAGCAUCAUACUAUUAUCACAUGUCAUUGAAAAUCAAAUCAUGAUCAUUGAAGUCUUAUCAAGUAUUUUGUAUUUACUGAAGUUUAAUGAAAUGAGGUAGGAAUCUCAGUAAGGUUAGUCUUUUUACAAUAUUAUGUACCUUAAGGUAAAUCUAUGUAGUAUAAUAUAUGUAUAACCCUUCUCAUUCUGAAAGAAGACCCAUGCUGCAAUAUCAGCCUAAUGCUGAUGUAGUAUAAACUUUAUAUACUUAAUAUAUUAUGUAGUUAUAACUUGGAACCAACUUUAAGCAUUACUUUAACAUUGCACAAUUUAGUGGCAUUUAAUGCACAUAUUUAUACUGUCAGAAGAUUUUUGUGAUAUUUGUACACAUUGUUAUUUAAAGUAGGUAGAAAUAUUUUUCUAAAUGUAAUAACAUUCUUUAUACAUUAUACUAAUUUAAUAUAAAAUGUCAACCAAUUAUUUUACAAGCUCUUGCUGAUUUUUAUAGUUUAUAAUAUAUUUUAAUUUGCAGUUAAUGCAAUUAUAUUUGCUAAUGCUAAAAAAAUACAUGACAUAUUCAGUACUUAUAAUAUAAGUAACAGUAUUAUGAACUUUUACAUUGCACAAAAAAUGUAUUUAACACUGCGCACUUUGACUCUGCUCAGACUUAAGACACUGUUAAAACGAGACAGCUUUAUAGUUAUACCUACCUCUGGAGUAAAUCUGUCUCAUUUUAACUGAAACUUAAGUCUAAGCAAAGUCAAAGUGCACCCUAUAGAUGUCAACCUUAGACACUGCAUACAAAUAACAUGCAACACACUUUCAGUGUUCUUUUUGUAAUACAAUUUAAUAAUUAUAAAUGAAUACUUGUAGUUGUCAAUGCACUUUCCAACAAAAACUGUAAUGUAAUAUUUCUCUUGAAACUGCCAAAUUUUAGUAAUAAAUUAUUACUUUCAACUUC